AUCCCUUGCGAACCUCGUAGAUCUAGAACCGUUGUCUAAUCAUGUUGGAGCAACUGGGUCUGAUCGGAACCAUUCGGGACGAUGACCUGAGCCCAGAAGAACCGGACACCGAAUCCGAACCGGAGGAGGCGCCCAUCGUCCUGAACCGUAAGAAGAAGCUUGGAGGCCAAAAGUCGAAAGACUUUAACUGUGACUUUGAGUUUGGAGAAAGUGACAGUCUGAACCUGGAUGAUGAUUGGGCCAUGAGCGACGUCCUGAGCCAACUCAAGAAGAAGAGGGUCGUGACAACUCUGGACCAGAAAAUAGAGAAAAUCAGGAAGAAGAGAAAAGCUGAGGAGAAAUUGUCUCAAAGUUCUGAAGCUGGGAUGUCCAAGGAGAUGAAGGAGGAGGAAGAGGAGGAGGCUAGUGGGACUGAGAAGGAAGAAGAUGAGGAGGAAGGGGAAGAAGAAGAAGAAGAAGAGGAUGGUGAUGAAGAGGAAGAGUUUGGAUCAAGUGAUGAAGAGGUUCUGACAAAAUCAGACACUCUGAGGGACAAAGGACGGCGAGGGAAGAAGAGGAAAGCUGAGGAAGAGACUUUAGAGACGUUUUCUGAGGAUGCCUCCCAGUAUAAUGAUCAGCUGACGUUCGAAGAAAUGAACCUGUCCCGACCCAUCCUCAAGGCCAUCACGGCCCUAGGCUUUAAAGAACCCACGCCUAUCCAGAAAGCCUGUGUUCCAGUAGGUCUGCUGGGCAGAGACCUGUGUGCUUGUGCUGCUACUGGAACAGGAAAGACGGCUGCCUUCAUGCUACCCGUUUUAGAGCGUUUGAUCUAUAAACCCAAGACAUCCCAGGUGACCCGGGUCUUAGUUUUAGUUCCUACCAGAGAGCUGGGGAUCCAGGUCCACUCGGUGGCCCGUCAGUUGGCCCAGUUCACCUCUAUCACCACUUGCUUGGCUGUUGGCGGUUUGGACCUGAAGUCUCAGGAGGCGGCACUGAGGGCGGGACCAGAUGUUCUGAUAGCGACGCCAGGCAGACUGAUCGACCACCUUCACAACACACCCAGCUUCGAGCUGAGCCACAUCGAGAUCCUGAUCCUGGACGAGGCCGACAGGAUGCUGGACGAGUACUUUGAAGAACAGAUGAAGGAGAUCAUCAGGAUGUGCUCCUACAAUCGGCAGACCAUGCUGUUCUCGGCCACUAUGAGCGAAGAGGUGAAGGACCUGGCCGCGGUGUCGUUGAAGCAGCCGAUUAGGAUCUUUGUGAACAGUAACACAGAUGUGGCUCCGUUCCUUCGGCAGGAGUUUGUUCGGAUCCGACCGCACCGAGAAGGAGACAGAGAGGCUGUGGUGGCAGCCCUGCUGACCCGGACUUUCCAAGACCACGUCAUGUUGUUCACCCAGACCCGGAAACAGGCCCACAGACUGCACAUUCUGCUGGGCCUGUUGGGGCUGAAAGUGGGGGAGCUGCAUGGUGAACUGAGCCAGACCCAGAGGCUGGAGAACCUCAGGAGAUUUAAAGAUGAACAGAUUGAUAUUUUGGUGGCGACAGACGUUGCAGCCAGAGGACUGGACAUCGAUGGAGUAAAAACGGUGAUCAACUUCACAAUGCCUUCUACCGUCAAGCAUUACGUCCACCGCGUUGGGCGGACGGCCCGGGCCGGACGCUCUGGACGCUCCGUGUCUCUAGUCGGAGAAUCUGAGAGGAAGAUGCUGAAGGAGGUGGUGAAGUCAGCCAAGAACAGCGUGAAGGCUCGCGUCCUGCCAACAGAGGUCAUCCUGAAGUUCAGAGAUCUAAUCACCAAACUGGAAAAAGAUAUUGACGCAGUACUGAAGAUGGAAAGAGAAGAGAGAGAGAUGGCUGCGUCUGAGGCCAAGCUGAGCGUGGCUCAAAAGCGUCUAGAAGGCUCCGCCUCCUCCGGCGACCCACAGAGAGUUUGGUUCCAGACGCAACAAGAACGGAAACAGAGCCGCGCAUCCAAGGCUCUGCAGGAGUUCGAUCUGGCACUCAGAGGGAAGAAGAAAAGGGAAAAGUUCCUGAAAGAAGGAAGGAAGAAGGAGCUGACGUCUGAGGAUCGCGCUCAGUUUGAGAUUCUGAAGGCUCAGAUGUUCGCAGAGCGAGCCGCCAAGAGGGAUAGACGAUCGAAGAGAGCGAGAGCCAUGCCUGAAGACGACGAUAAGCCGGCGAAAGCAACUAAACAUAAAGCAGGAAACCGAGGCAAAAAGUCAGUGUUUGACAAGGAGCUGACCAACACCAGCAACAAGUCUCUAAAGCUCUACAGAGCUGGGCCAUCAUUUGCAGACAGGAAGCGUCUUGGAAUGGACAGGAAGCGCACAGGUGGCUCCAGGUACAGGAGGAAUAAAUGAGGGCAGAUCAACCCGUUCUCUGUGUCCGUAUGCCGUUCUGUAUCAGAUUUCUAAUAAAGUUGAGUUUGUAAGUGGA